AUGGAUGAGGGCCCCGCUUCCGCGUGUGGGUGGAUGGGAGAUUGCUCGCUUCGUGUGCGCUGUGUGUUGGCUGCGGGGCUGUGGCUGUAUCCCGUUGGUCGUGGGACUGAACUGGAGGCAGUGGAGCUGUGUCUCUUCUCGUUCUUGUCCAUCGGUGUGUGGCUGCUGGCAGUGUGUGCGUUUUUUGUAUGGAGGGCCGAAUCCUCUCACCCGCGGACUGACGGCACUGCGAUGGUGCGUGUGUGUGUGAGGGCUGGUGUGGAGUUGCCGGCCAGGGCGAGGGUGUUGGCGGUGCUUUUUCCGCCUGUCGUUUUUUUUUUUUGUGUUUUGCAGCUUCUUACUGUUUUUCCUGUCAUCAUCUCCUCCUUUGUUCCUGCGUUGAGUGGCCGCAUGCUCACGGGCCAUGUUGAUUGUGAGUGCCUCCUGACGGCGUCCAUUCAUUUCUCUCUGCCUGCCUUUACCUGUUGGGUGCGGUUUCUGCGAGAGGGUCGGUGCUCUCCUCGCACCUCGUGUGUGUGUGUGUUGCUGCCUUUUUCUGUGGGCGAUGGUCCUCCGUGCUGUCCCUUCCGGAUUGUCUUGUGUCCCGCUCUCUGCGUGGGUGCUCUGCUCUGCUCCCCGCUGGCGUGUCUGAUGUAUUGCUGCCGUUGUUCUUCUCCGCCUCAUGCACACGGACACGCUAGGAAAGAAAGCAAACAAGCGCUACUCGCUACUGUGAACUUUGAAGGCUCAGAAAGGACCAACAACAGCACACACACACAUCGCCCACACACACAUAUUUGUAUGCUCACACGUGUUGCUGCAGUGAAGGCACCCCACACACACAACCGUCGCCGCGUGACCGGAUCCAGCGGAAGGAGGAGGGAAGGAAGAGAGAGUGAGCCGCAGAGGCCCAACAUGUCCCGGCGUGUGUUCUAUUCCGCGGUGCUCCUCCUCCUCCUCCUCGUGAUGUGGAUGUGCUGCGGCCCCUGUGAGGCUGCGGCCGCAUCGACGGGUGAGAAUUCAGUGAAUGCGCGGCUGCCACGGAGAUUUGAUCUAUUUGUGCCGCAGACGACGGUGUUGCUGCCGAGAGGUGGAGUUAAUUCGGAAAAGAAGUGGAAUUCAUUUGCUUCACCCUCUCUUGUCAGUGCUGGUGGCGUAAUUGCUGCCUUCGCCGAAGGUCGCCCGAGCUCCAAAGAAUCCAAUAACGCAUCAAGUGAACCCUCUUCUGAUGCAGUUGCUUGGUACAUUGACUCUGCGUGGGAUUGGUCCACCCUUGUUGCUGAGGUCAAAAAAAGUACAUGGCAGGCACACACCGUGCUCGGUAAAGCGGAUGGAACGGAGCGUUUUGAUGUUGUGCUCCGCCCCACAACCACCACGAAGGACAAUAAGGUGUUUCUUCUUGCGGGAAGCUCUGAUGCGUCCAAUGUAAAUGAGAGUUGGAGUCAUGGCGGCUUGAAACUGAAACUAGUUGUGGGUGAUGUCAGGAAGCCUACGGACAGCGAGCAGAGUGGAUGGAUCAAUUGGGGCGAAGUCCAAUCACCGUUGAACGAGACCACUGGAGCUGUUCAAGGAAGAAAAUUGACGGGGUUUGUUGCUUCUGGUGGCGCAGGUGUUUUGAUGGAGGAUGGCACGCUUGUGUUUUCUCUGAUGGCGAAGAGUGAAGAAGAAGACGUUUACUCCAUGAUCAUUUAUUCGAAGGACAACGGCAGUACCUGGGCGCUCUCAAACAGUGUUUCUUCUGCGAAAUGCGUUAACCCCCGCAUCACCGAGUGGGAGGGAAAGCUUCUCAUGAUUGUUGACUGCGAGAGUGGCCAGAGGGUGUACGAGUCGCGAGACAUGGGGAGAUCGUGGACGGAGGCCAUCGGGGGGCUAUUGGGCAUUUGGGUCAAGUCACAAUCGGGAGCCUCUCAGGAUUUAAGCCUGCAUGUGGAGGCCCUCAUCACCGCGACCAUUGAGGGCAGGAAGGUCAUGUUGUACACACAGAGAGGGUACGUUUCGGGGGAGAAUAAGGCCACUGCGCUCUACGUUUGGGUGACGGACAACAACCGCUCGUUUCAUGUUGGACCGGUUGGCAUGGACAAUGCUGAAAAGGAGGAGCUUGCCAGCAGCCUGCUGUACUCGGGUGGCAAUCUGCAUCUUUUACAGCAGAGGGACAAUGGUGAAGGCAGUGUCAUGUCACUUUCCCGCCUGACGGAUGAACUGAGUACAAUCAAGUCCGUCCUCAGUACUUGGUCGCAAAAGGACAUUUUCUUCUCCAGCUUGUCUAUACCCACGGCGGGUCUGGUGGCAGUUUUGUCCGGUGCGGCCAGUGAUGGGAGGUGGAACGACGAGUACCUUUGCCUGAAUGCAACGGUGACGAACGCCACGAAGGUCAAAGAGGGGUUGCAGCUGACGGAGUCUAACUCCAGGGUACAAUGGCCUGUGAACACUCGGGGUGAUAAUUUGCGGCAUGUGUUUUUGAGCCACGACUUCACAGUUGUGGCGACGGUGAGCAUCGAAAAUGUUCCGAGUGGGAAAACUCCUCUACUGACUGCGACUUUGGCGGACACUGAGUCCAAUCAUACCAUGGGAAUCUUGUAUACCGCGGAUAAGAAGAUGGAGACGGUGUUCAAAGACAAAACAACAAGGAGCAGCACUUGGGAGCCGAAGAAAGAAUACCAAGUGGCACUCAUGCUCCAAGGCAAAAAGGCCUCUGUGCACAUUGAUGGUCGGUCGCUGGGGGAAGGAGAAGUGCUGCUAACAGAUGAGAAGUCACUUGAGCUUGUGCACUUCUGCUUUGGUGCGUGCGUUCAGGAGUCCAGUCCAACGGCCGCCGGCCAACACUCUCCUGUGACGGUGAAGAACGUCUUUCUGUACAACCGCCCACUGAAUUCCACUGAGAUGCGUGCAAUCAAGGACAGGAUCCCCGUUCCGAAGAGAGGCCCGGGAUCACAGGUGGAGGGUGGAACGGAAAGGAGUCAUAUCCCUCGUAUUGAGGGUGUGCGAGCCAAUGCGCCUGCUGGGAGCGGACUGCUGUCGCUGCUUCUUUUGCUGGGACUGUGGGGGUUUGUGGCUGCGUGA